AUGGCAUCUCCCGAUAGUCAUAAGCGUUCAAGAAGCCCUGCUGAAUCGCUUAGUGCUUCCAACUUUUCAAAAUCGAGUUCACAAUCAAGCUCACAGCAUCGACGAGUGAGAAGUCUCGGCUCUAGCAGAGGACCUCAUAAUUACCCAAUGGCGGCCUCCAGAGGAAGAACUCCUGCUCAUGUUGGCAACUUGCUAAUAGUCCCGGAGACUCCAUUGAAUCAACUUCAAAAUCCAGGCAGCGAUAAACCUUCGCCCAGUGUCCUUGCUGCCCCUAUUCGGAGCGACUCUGGGUCCAGCUUUGGACAUAGUGGCUCGCGCUCGGACAUGUCAAAGCCAUCCACAACAGAUCUCAAGGAGGCCGCCAGGGACACUACUUCUGGAGGUCAGAGUCCAAGAAGGCAAGCCGCAGGCAUAGCAGAGCCCGAAUCGAGCACAAGCCCGAAGAGUACCACUGGAUUGUUCCCGCACUUGCCAUCUCGACUCAACCACUUCGAAAAAUGGUUCCCUGAAUCCCCAUCUAAGACACCUGAGGUCCAGGACAAACAGGAAUUAUGUGUGGAGAAGGCCCUUCCGCCGCCACCUUAUCAUGUCUUCGACUUCUGGAAGAAAAGGCAGCUCGUUAUCCUCAUGUCGUUUACGGGGAUUUUAUCUCCGCUUUCCACAAGCAUAUACUUCCCGGCAAUUACCGCCAUUGCAAACGAGUUUGACGUCAGCACAGGGAUCGUCUUAGUUACCAUUACAGUUUAUAUGGUUGUUCAAGCAAUCGCACCUUUCUUCUGGAUGCCAUUUUGUUCCUCGUAUGGUCGCCGACCUAUAUUUAUUAUGACGCUGCUUGUGUUUUUAGCGGCUGACAUUGGGCUGCUCUUCUGCAAGACGUUCAUCGCAUUGCUAAUACUUCGUGGAGUUCAAUCGUUUGGCACGGCGGCCCUCACUGCUAUAUGUGCGGCUGUUAUAGGAGAUAUCUCCACCUCAAAAGAGCGGAGCACUUUUAUUGGAUUAUUCGGUGGAAUCCUGAUGUUUACCUUUAUAAGUCCCUUGAUUGGUGGGCUUCUCACUUACUACCUAGGAUUUCGGUCAAUAUUUUUGUUUCUCGGGGCUUUUGGACUUUCGGUACUUGUACUGAUAGUAUUGACUCUUCCCGAGACUCUGCGAAGUAUCGCAGGGAACGGCACAAUCCGGCUCAAACGUGUUCAACGACCCUUUAUUGAUAUCAUUAGACCACCCGCAGAUGCACCCUUUAUCUCGGGUAAUACUGGAUCUGCAGCUCCAUUACGUUUGCCAGCGAUCAAAAUUUUUGUUGAACCGGUACUUUGCCUAUCACAGAAGGAUGUUGUUGCAUCGGCCGUCUUCGGCAGCGUCGUAUUUGCCAUAUGUACCGCAGUUAUCGCAACAACAACGUCUCUAUUCGAAUUACACUACUCCCUCUCAUAUAUUAUGAUUGGCCUCGCAUUUCUCCCCGCCGGAGCUGGUUCCGUUCUUAGCUUCUUCUCCAUUGGGCAUCUGAUUGACCGCGAUUUUAGAAUAACUGAGGCCAACUACAGGAAGAUGCAUCGCCUCGAAAAGGACAUAGCACUUGACUACAAAACUCUUCCUGAUUUUCCUAUAGAGCGUGCCAGGCUAAGGAAUACUUGGUGGAUCACUCUAGCCUUCAUCGGCGCGACAGCAGCUUACGGCUUCUCAUUCUCAACCUCCCGGAAGCUAAUCGUCCUGCCCCUUGUUCUACAGUUCUUCAUUGCUUGUAGCGCAACUGCAAUCCUCCUACUCAAUGGGACUUUAAUCGCUGAUUUGCACACUGGUACCGUAUCUGCCACCCCUGCGGUCAAUUGCCUGCGCUUCUUGAUGGGGGCUCUGUUCGUCGGAACUGUACAUCCGGCAAUUGAUCGUCUAGGGGUUAGGCUCACUUUCCUGCUGAUGGCGCUUGUGAUGCUCGCACUCACUCCGAUUAUGGUGAUACAGUGGUUCUUUGGAAGGCCCUGGGGAGCAAGGCGAAAUUCCACUUGGCCACGACAGAAACUCGUGCGGUUGCCCGACCUUCGGACUUCAAGUUCAGCGUUGAUGGACUCUGUCAAAGGCGUACGCCUUCCAAGUCUCCCAGAUGUGGCCAGUGGUAUGAAGAGCCCCUUCGGGAAGAGAUAA